AUGCUCGUUCAAGUCUUAAACAUGGCCAUGCCUCUUGUCGCGGCCACUGUCACAUCAUUCCGCUUGUAUUGUCGCGCGCGGCAAGGACGUUUGUGGAUCGAUGACUUAUGGGCGACCUUCGCCAUGCUAUCCAUUCUUACCCUAACAAUUGCCAAUUGGAUAUACAUGGAAGAUUACGGUGAGCCUCGUUUUCUUGUGAUAUCAAUUCUGUUAACAGUUGUACGACUCACAGCACCAGGAACCCUCAGGAAGAUCCUCAUGCGUACUACAGCGGUCUUCUUCAUCUUAUGGGCUGUACUCUCUGCACAGGUGUUGUGGACUUGUGAAGAUGAGCCCAACUGGAAAACAGAACCACGCCCGCAGUGUAGUCUCGGCAAAAACGUUGCAAUAGCGCAGAUCAUCACUGAUGUUUUUGGAGACACUGUUCUUAUCCUUGCCCCAUUUCGCCUCAUUUAUAAAGUCAGAUUGACGAAGGCACAGAAAAUACGAAUACUUGCCAUCUUUUCGACAUCAAUAACCACCACCGUUGUUAGUCUUGUCCAUGCAUAUUACAUCUUGUCGGAUGAAGGACUGAAUGAGGCAAUGGCUGCUAUGGUCGAGACUUCCGUGUCCUUGAUUGUCGCGAACUUGAGCGUGGUCGUGGCAUUCUUCUUGAGAAUGAGCGCAAAAGAUGAUACACCCUCGCCAGUACCGUGGCAAUCUUCACCCGUUAUAACCAUCGGAUCACUGCCUAUCAGGCGUCACCGCUUCAAUGACCCUCUCGCUACGACUGCGAUAGGCAUUGAUACCACCACGAUCAGGUUGACAAAUCUCCCUGAAACUUGUCCCAGUGCGCUGAAAAGUGACAACAUGGACGAAAUCUCUUUGAACAACAUAGAGGGAAAGCAGGGCGGCGGUGAAUUGUGGGAAGCAUAA